AUGAUUGAAACUGAGAGACUAUAUUACAUACGUAAUCAGCAAAAAGUUCUUAGAUGUGAAUCGUAUGAAACAUUACGAAACGUACAAAGUGAUGGUCGUACUGAUAUUUCCAACAUCGGAAAACGUGUUAUCUUUCCUUCUUCAUUUACGGGUGGUGCACGCUACAUGAUGCAAAACUAUUUAGAUGCCAUGUCGCUUUGUAAGUGGUUUGGAUACCCAGAUUUUUUCAUAACCGUAACAUGCAAUCCAAAGUGGCCUGAAAUUAAAAGGUUUCUUGCUGACACCACACUUAAUCCCGAAGAUAGGCCUGAUAUCCUUUCCAGAUUAUUCAAAAUCAAGUUGAAUUCUUUGAUUAAAGACUUAAAGAAAAAAGCGUUAUUGGGUCAGGUCCAAGCAGUUGUUUAUACUGUGGAGUUUCAAAAGCGCGGUCUGCCUCAUGCACAUAUAUGUUUAUUCAUGCAUUCUGAUUACAAACUCCCAACUAUUGAACAUAUUGAUCGAGUUAUUUCGGCUGAAAUUCCAAACAAAGAAAAUGAUCCAGAAUUGUAUGCACUUGUCAGUGAGUUUAUGAUGCAUGGUCCAUGUGGUUCUGAUAAUCCUAAAUGCCCAUGCAUGAUUGACAAAAAGUGUUCAAAAAAUUUCCCAAAGUCAUUCUUAGAAAAUACCUCAGUCGAUUCUGAUGGUUAUCCUAUAUAUAGGAGACGUAAUGAUGGAUCUUUUGUUGAAAAGUCUGGUGUUAGGUUAGACAACAGAAGUGUCGUUCCAUAUCAUAAAGCCCUUUUGAAAAGAUAUCAGGCUCACAUUAAUGUUGAGUGGUGCAAUCAAGCGGCUUCCAUCAAAUAUUUGUUUAAAUAUAUUAACAAGGGUCCUGAUCGGGCUACUGUUGCAGUUGUUCAAAACAACGAAGAUGAUAAUGAUGAUGUUUCUGUUGAUGAAAUACAAAACUACUAUGAUUGUAGGUAUUUGUCUGCAUGUGAAGCUUCAUGGCGUAUAUUUGCAUUUGAUGUUCAUUACAUAUAUCCUUCUGUUGUAAGGCUUCCAUUCCAUCUUCCUGGAAAACAAAAUAUUGUAUAUGGAGCAGACGAUGAUAUUGAAGAUGUCGUCAAUAAACAAUCGGUUUCUUCUUCGAUGUUCUUAUCUUGGAUGAGCUGUAAUGAACAUAAUGCUGAUGCACGAAAACUUUCUUAUGUUGAGUUUCCUACAAAAUUUGUAUGGAAACAGGAAGAUCGUUGUUGGGAGCCAAGAAAACAAGGGUUUUCUAUUGGAAGAAUUCACACAGUCUCGCCUAAUUUGGGUGAAGCAUAUUUCUUGAGAAUUCUUUUAAAUAAAGUCAAAGGGCCAAAAUCAUUUGAAGAUAUUCGCAAGGUUAAUGGACAAGUCUGUCCUACUUUUAGAGAUGCAUGUUAUGCGCUUGGACUUUUAGAAGAUGAUAGAGAAUAUAUUGAUGCCAUCGAGGAAGCAAGUCACUCAGGAUCUGGUUAUUAUUUACGGUUUCUAUUUGCAACUAUGCUAAAGUCUAAUAGUUUGUCUAGACCAUAUUAUGUCUGGGAAAAUACUUGGCAAUACUUAUCUGAUGGAAUUCUCUACAAUCAACGAAUAAGAUUAAAGACUCCAGGUUUAUCACUUAAUGAUGAUCAGAUUAAAAACUUGACGCUAUAUGAGAUUGAAAAAAUUCUACUCCAAAAUAGUUCAAGCCUAAGAGAUUUUGUUGGGAUGCCUUACCCUGAUCAUGAUUUGGUAUCUUCUACAAACAAUCGUUUAAUUACUGAGGAGUUAGAUUUUUAUAUAACGAUUCUACAAAAAGAAUCUCAUCAGCUACUUGAGUCAUUAACAAUUGAACAACGCUCAAUUUUUGAUGAAAUCAUGACAGCUGUUAAACAGAAAAAAGGAAGAGUGUUUUUUGUUUAUGGCUAUGGAGGUACUGGUAAAACUUUCCUUUGGAAGACUUUAUCUGCAUCUUUAAGAUCUAAAGGUGAUAUCGUCCUAAAUGUUGCUUCAAGUGGUAUUGCUUCGUUGUUACUAACAGGAGGUAGAACAGCACACUCAUGCUUUAUAAUUCCUCUAAAUCUUACAGAGGAUUCUUUUUGUUCUUUUGGGAAAGACAGUGAUGUAGCCGAAUUGUUAAAAAAAACAUCAUUGAUUAUAUGGGACGAGGCACCUAUGAUUCAUAAGCAUGCAUUUGAAGCCUUGGAUCGUUCUAUGAAAGAUGUAUUCACUUGUGAUCUUCGUACCAACUCAAAGUUGCCGUUUGGAGGAAAAACAAUUGUUUUUGGAGGAGAUUUUAGACAAAUUCUACUUGUUAUUCCUAACGGAAGCAGGCAAGAGAUUGUUAAUGCUUCAUUAUGUUCCUCUUACAUUUGGUCAAAUUGCAAAGUGUUAACAUUGACAAAAAACAUGAGGUUAAGUGUUCUCGCAUCCAAUAUUCAAGAAACGACAACUUUUGCAAAAUGGAUUUUGGAUAUAGGAGAAGGAAAGGUUGGUGGUUUAAAUGAUGGAGAGACAACUAUUGAUAUUCCUGAUGAUCUUCUCAUUGUUGAUUCUACUGAUCCUAUUGGUUCAUUAAUUGAAUUUGUCUAUCCUUCUAUCGUUGAAAAUGCCAAGAAUCCGAUUUAUUUUCAAGAAAGAGCAAUCCUUGCACCGAAAAAUGAAGUCGUUCAAGAGAUUAACGAGCGUUUGUUAAAAUUAUUUCUAGGAGCACAACAGGAGUAUUUAAGUUCAGAUAGUCUUUCACAUGCAGAUUUUGUUCAUGAUAACAUCGAUGAAACUUUAUACUCCCCUGAUGUUCUAAAUGGUCUUAGACCUUCAGGUAUGCCAAUUCAUAAGUUGGUAUUAAAAGUCGGUGUUCCAGUUAUGUUACUAAGAAAUAUUGAUCAAAAAUCUGGAUUGUGCAAUGGAACAAGGCUACGGGUUAUUGCAUUGGGCAAACGUGUUAUAGAAGCUGAGAUAAUAUCUGGAAGUAAUAUCGGAAACCGUACGUUUAUUCCAAGAAUGUCUUUGACGCCUUCGGAUAAAAGGAUUCCUUUCAUAUUUCAAAGACGACAAUUCCCGUUGGCUGUAUGUUUUGCGAUGACAAUAAAUAAAAGUCAAGGACAAUCACUAUCGAAGGUGGGGUUGUUUUUGAGACAACCAGUAUUUACUCAUGGCCAGUUGUAUGUUGCAUUGUCGAGAGUGAAGAGUAAAGAUGGAUUAAAAAUAUUAAUUUUAGAUAAAGAUGGUAAACUUACCAAUAAGACAUCUAAUGUUGUAUUCAAAGAAGUCUUUGGAAAUUUGUAA